CAAACAAACACACAAGCAAACAAGUUGUCUGGAGAAAACUAGUAGUUGGAUUAAAGUGUUUUAGUUUAUUGCGCAACCCCUCUUUUCUUGGCGAUCAAAAUCUGAGAUAUAUCCGACACCAAUGCACUGAUACAAAGAUAUUCUGAGCGAGAACUUCCAAAACCCAGUCUUGUUAUUUAUUUUCUUAUCCGAAAUGUUACCCCUUUUCUCUUGAUUGAUCCCUUCGGAUCAGGAACAAACUCUGCCAUCAUCCAAUCUUUUAUGGCUUUUUACAGCUAAUGUUGUUGCUGAAAGUUGAUACACUCAUCCAUGGAAGGUCCACAGCGAUUAAACCCAGGUUCAAGGUAUGCUAUCCCAGCCCCCCAGCACGCCUCCAUAUUCUCUGAACUAGCAUAAAAACUAUUGCUUUCUUGUCUUGGGAGGCCGGGGUUUUUGCUGCAGAUUUAAUUUUUGCCCAUACCCAUUUGGUCUUUUUGUAGCCCUCUUACACAUUAAUGGUGUCUAGCUCUUAUUGUUGUGGUGGUGGGUAUAUAGUAUUCAUAAUUGGUGUUGUGGGUUUGGAGCAUAAGCAAAAACUGGAGCUCAGAUUGGGGUUGAUGACUAUAUUGUUUCCUGGUUCUUUUGGAUAAUAGUAUUGUUUUGAGUGUUUAAGAAGACAUCAAAUUUUCUCACAUAUUUUUGGAUGAAUGGUAGCUAGGAGUGUAUAUAUACAUGUAAUUAGGUGCUAGGAAAUAGUUGUGAAUUGUGAUUAAGAAAAGAAAGAAGAGAAAAAUGGUGAAACCUUGCUGGUGGGGUUCUGUGGUGGGAGAUGGAGGUAGGAGAAGUGGGGAUUGUAGAGAUCCAAAUGGCAAGGUUGAUGGACUGAUGUGGUACAAGGAUUUGGGAACUCAUGUAAAUGGGGAAUUCUCGAUGGCGGUUAUACAAGCAAACGGUUUGUUGGAGGAUCAAAGCCAGCUCGAAUCAGGCCCGUUGAGUAACCUUGAUUCGGGUCCUCAUGGGACAUUUGUCGGCGUCUAUGAUGGACAUGGAGGGCCAGAGACAUCUCGGUUUAUCAACGAUUCUUUGUUCUCCAAUCUUAAGAAAUUUGCAUCGGAGCAACGAGAGAUCUCUGCUGGCAUCAUUAAAAAGGCUUUCCUGGCAACCGAGGAGGAGUUUUUGUCUGUUGUAAAGCAGCAGUGGCACUAUAAGCCACAAAUUGCGGCAGUGGGAUCGUGUUGUUUGGUAGGAGUAGUGUGUAAUGGACUCGUUUAUGUUGCCAAUGCUGGAGACUCUCGGGCGGUUUUGGGAAGAGCAGAUAAGGGUGUUAGAGGAGUCACGGCGAUACAAUUGUCGAUGGAACACAAUGCUAAUAUUGAAGCCGUGAGAGAUGAGCUUCGCUCAUUGCAUCCCCACGACUCGCAAAUUGUGGUUCGAAAGCACAAUGUUUGGCGUGUGAAGGGUCUUAUACAGGUCUCGAGGUCCAUUGGUGAUGCCUACCUUAAGAAGGCGGAAUUCAACCGAGCACCACUAUUGGCAAAAUUUAGGUUAUCUGAACCCUUCUCCAACCCGAUCCUUAGUCCCGAACCAUCCAUUUCUAUCCACAAACUCAGCUCCAACGACCAAUUCCUCAUAUUUGCUUCGGAUGGUCUGUGGGAGCACCUUAGCAACCAGGAAGCAGCUGACAUCGUUCACAGUUCCCCUCGUAAUGGAAUUGCUAGAAGACUUAUCAAAGCAGCACUUCACGUGGCAGCCAAGAAAAGAGAAAUGCGGUACUCGGACCUGAAGAAGAUCGAAAGAGGCGUGAGGAGGCAUUUCCACGACGACAUUACAGUUGUGGUGCUGUUUUUAGAUCCCGGUUCCACGAGUCGAAGCUCCUCGCAUAUUUCCACCCUUUCAAUUAGAGCGGGUGGAGGCAUACCUCCUUAUCCAACGCAGUAAUCUUCAGCAUAAAUGUUGUACUGUAUGAUGCAGUUUAUCUUACUGCAUAGACAACAAGAAAAAGUCUUUCUAUUCUUUGUAUCCUUUUCAGGUUAGAAGGAGAUAGUAGAAUCCAUUUCACAGUAAGUGGAAACUGAUCUUCUCUAGAUUCAAAGUCGAGAAUUAUUAUUAUUAUUAUCGGCAUGUAUAUAUGAAAUGUUCUGCAUUUCCUUUAAAUAAAAAGUGGAUGCUUCUAACUUGCAUA